AUGCUGGGGUUGGAGGACGGGGCGCGAUGGAUGGGAUGGCAAGGGGAGAGGGCGAGGGCGAGGAGAACCCAUGUCAUGCUGGGGGAUCCGAGGAAGCCCGAGGAGCAGGUCUGCGUCAGAGCCCUCGUGCCCGAUGACUGUGGGAGGAGGAGGGGCUUCGGGUGCAAUGGAAUCGGAGAUGUAGAUUUGUUCCCACCAGCUCUGGAGGAGGUAGCCACAGUCGGCGGGAUCCUGCUCGUUCUGCUGAUCUCAGGGGCUUCUCGUCUGCUAGGACGGAGCUCUGCAGGUGCCUCGUCCUGUGCUCUGAACCAUCCCGAGCACAAAGGCUGUAGGAGGACAGCACACAAAAGCGAUGCCACGGGGCAGGAGGGCACUAUGACUGGGCGGGUAACGCAGGCCAUUGAGACCUUCAAGAUGAUGUCUUUCUCACACCUCUUGCGCCCCCGCAAACUCAGAAGUUUCUUCUCAUUGUUCACCAACCCGGAGUUCCGGCAGGGAUGCGUCGACGUUUUCUCUAUCUUCAACUUCACCAGCGGGGAGAUGGUGAUGCAGAAGAGCUUUCUUGCGAUAGUAAUCUCGUGGGCUACUUACUACGUCUUCUUGCGGCAUUAUGCUCGAAGUUGGUUCUGUUGCUUCUCAGGAAGCCUCUCUAAUCAUCUUGCCUUGCAGGGGCUAGAUGAUUCACUUCUGUAA